AUGUUUCCAUCUCGUGUCAACGUUGUCUAUGGGAAGAGAUGGGCCAUUGCAAAAAAGCAGCAUGGAAACUGCCGUGUCGACAUUGUGCACGUUUCCGAGGUGGAAAAGGAGCGGCAAUUCCGAAAGAACGGAGAUGUGAAGUGGCUGAUCCAAAAGGAUGGCAGGUCGGAAGGGUUCUUGAUCAGAAAUGAUCAUCAUCCCCGUCGUGCCCUCACAGGUGGCAUCCCGAUGAUGCUUGAGAGUGUCAGUCGGUCCAACAUCAACCAGCGAUGGCUGCUUUGCUUUCCCAGAGGUCCUCCUGGGCCUCACGAGCCCUUUUUCAUCAAGAGUGCCAUCAGUGGGAUGUACCUUGUCGUUGAUGAGGGCCUACGGAUGGUGACGCUGCAGAAGGAUCCUCCGGACCUUCAUUGGCGCACCCAUGAUGCGACGCGCAAGGCGGAAUCCUUCAGUACCUCUCUCGUGGUGCCUUCAUCAGUGCAGACGCCUUGUGGCGGCCAGUUAGAGGAAGCCUUGGCGCUUCCCGACUUGGAGCCAUACGACGGUGAUGUCAGCAGCGCCUUCAGAGAAGGGCCGGCCUCUGGCAGAUCUGUUGCCGACGUGUCCUCGCCUCCCGACUUGGAUGCUUCGUCAAGCUUCACCCCAGUGGAGCAGAUGCUGCACGAAGAGAUGGUCCUCUGCGAUGCGCACGAGCUGCUGCCUGAAGGGAGCGGCCUGGCACCUGCAGAUGUGUUUCAACGCCUGUGGGGUCGUGGCACUUCUUUUGUGCAGAGCUACCAGGCGCGCAGAAAUGGCCGGGACGUGUUUUGGUCUGGUCCAGGCAUAAGUGAGAACAGGCCGUGGGAGGCAUUUGCUGAGCUCACGUGCUCUGUCCGGGUCCCAGUGCUGGGAUGGCGGCCGUACCAAGAGGUCAUGCGAUUUGCACUUUGCUACGAACCUGCAGCAUUUGCUGGCAAGUUUUCCGCGAUGGAUGUCAGUGAAGUGUUGGCGGUGCAGCUGGUUGGGAAUGUCGAUGCCGGCAGCAUGGGGAACUUUCGCAGCGAGAACUUGAUGCUCUUUUAUCAGCCGAUGUGCCCAGGGCCAACUGUGCUCCGGGCAUUGGCUUUGACUCCCAAAGGGCGGUUCUCGAGUAUGGCGGUUGAUGGCCACCGCAAGGCUUUAUCCGAUUUUAUUCAUGCCGUGCAAGAGGAGGCAAAGAAGUGGCACGUCAAUGGGCAUCAACCUGUCAAGGCUGCUGUCGUUGACGCUAAAGCAAAGGGUCCACCGGCAGAGGAUUGCUGCUUCGCGGGUGUUUGCAGUUUAAAAGACACCUGCGCUUUAAUGUAG